AUGUACCAUUUAUCUCAUUCCUUAGGUUAUUAUGGUCAAGUAAGGAUUGGUGAGCCUGCUCAAUUGUUUGAUGUUGUGUUUGAUACGGGUAGUUCAGAUUUCUGGGUCGUUUCAAAUGAUUGUCAAACAAAAGAAUACUGUUUGAAGCAUCGACAAUUUCAACCAAAACUAUCAAGGACAUACAAAAGAGACAAAGGAGAUCCAUCCUUCAGUGUUCGAUAUGGUUCAGGAUCUAUUCAUGCUCGUAUUGGUCAAGAUACACUGCGUAUAGGAAGUGGCACUCUUCAAGACCAGUUUGUGGCAGAUGCUACUGAGCUAUCCACCAUUUUUAAAAGGCUACCCAUUGAUGGGAUUAUGGGAUUAGGGCUACCUAAGCUCAGUAAGUCUGAUCCAAAUAGACUAACUUUGAUAGAAAGUAUGGUGGAUCAACAGUUGGUCGACAAAGCUAUCUUUUCCAUCUAUAUUCAACCCUUUGGUGGUCAAAUUGAUUUUGGAGGCAUGGAUCCUAACUUGUAUACUGGAUCUAUUCACUAUGCGCCCUUGACCAGCGACAACUAUUGGGCAACACAUAUGAACAAAGCUUCGUUUGGUAAUUAUUCAAUAGAUUCACAAUCUGUUAUUGUUGAUUCAGGCACCACACUGUUGAUUACUUCUCCUGAUCAUGCGAAACAAAUCCAUGCUCACAUAAAAGAUGCUGUGACGAAUGGAGAUGGUACUUAUUCUAUACCUUGUCAAAUGAAAGGAAAACUACCUGACUUGGUUAUGUCUGUCUAUGGCCAAGAACUAGUGAUCACAUCAGAAGAUUAUAUAUUGGCUCCUACUGUAUGGAACAAGGCCAUGUGCAUGUCUGGUAUUUCUGGUCAAGCAGUCAAGCGAAACCAUUGGAUACUAGGCGAUGUAUUCAUGAAAGCAUAUUAUACCAUAUUUGAUUUAGAGAACAUGCAAAUUGGUUUUGCAAAGAGUAUAAGAGAUCCUCAAUUGACAUUUGAAAAGUACGAUGAAUAA